CUCCAGCAGGGCGCCAUCGUGGGCUCGAGGUCCGAGGCCAAGGGCGGCAGGGCUUCUACGGCUUCCUGGGCAUUCCCUUCGCUCAGCCUCCGGUCGGGGCACUCAGGUUCAAGGAUCCCGUGGCCGCCGGGGCGUGGGAGGGCGUGAGGAACGGCACCGUGGCCCCGCCCUUGUGCCCGCAGCCGGACGCGCCCUCGGACUGGAUGCAGGAGGACUGCCUCUACCUCUCCGUGUUCACGCCGCAGCCCAACCGGACUGACCUCCCCGUGAUGGUGUGGCUUCCCCAAGGAGGCUUCAUCAGCGACGCGACGCCCCUGUUCCAGCCGGAGUUCCUCCUGGCGAAGGACGUGGUCCUCGUCGUCCUGCAGCACCGCCUCGGCGUCCUGGGAUUCCUGUCGACCGAGGACGCCGAGCUCCCUGGCAACCUGGGGCUGAAGGACCAGGCGAUGGCCCUCCGCUGGGUGCAGGACAACAUCCGCGACCUCGGCGGAGACCCAGACAAGGUCACCAUCUUCGGCCAAACGCGGGGGGCGCGGCUGUGCACUACCACAUGCUGUCUCCCAUGUCCAGUGGCCUCUUCCAGCGAGCCAUCAUGCAGUCGGGGGCGGCGCUGUGUCCCUGGGCGCUCCGGGAGGACCACCGGCAGGUGGCCUCGGCUUCGGCCGCAUGGUGGGCUGUCCGGCGACGCCGGACGCCGCCAACAGCACGGCGCUCGUCGACUGCCUCAGGGACGUCCCCGUCGAGCAGCUGAUGGCCGUGACGCCGUACAUCACGCCUCCCCGUACGUCCUGACGCCCGCGCGUGGACGGCGAAUUCCUCCGCCCACCCCGCCACGCUGA